ACUGUUUCUACCUGUUUCACAUCAACGCAUCUGAAAUAUCCACCCUGAAACCACCCCAAUUCCUGCUACAAUCCAGGCGCUGCCCUCUCCGACAGGCCGGAUAGGGAGAAUCUCAGGGAGAAUCUGUGACAGGGAGAGUCAGAGGGGCUGUGGGAUGAAGGGCCAGUUGGGUGGUUGGUUUGAAGUUUCCUCAUUCUAGUCCUGUCAGUGUUCGACUCUUCGACGUUCCUGGAAAGAUGCCAUCUCCGCGCUAGACGUGAUCAGGAUUGAUUAUUGCUAUUGAUUUGUUGUUGGAAUCGCUCAUACUGGAACAUGGAAGGGACCCCUGUAACCAUGCACCGUGUGGUUGGGAAGCAGAACAUCUGGACGGUCGAUAAAUGUCCCGAGCAUUUCGACAUCGACACCGAGAGAAUGGAAGAGCUGUUUGGCCGCAAAGAUGAACAGAAGCGGCUUAGUGUUCGCAGGAGUUUCCGAGCAAAAUCCCCUCUGAGAAAUGGCGAGGAACAGGUUUCUGUUUUGGAUGCCAAGAAGAGUAUGAACAUCAGUAUAUUCCUCAAACAGUUCAAAAGACCCGUACAGAGUAUUAUCGACGACAUUAGGAGUGGAGCAGGUGCGUCAUACGGAGCAGAGAAACUAACAGAACUCCACAAAAUGCUACCUGACAAAGAGGAGGUGAAGAAAUUUCAGCAGUUUGAUGGAAAUCGAGAGCGAUUGUGUGAGUCUGACCUGUUCAUGCUGCUGCUUCUCGAGCUCCCCAGUUACACAGAGCGUGUGGAGUGCAUGAUCCUGAAGGAGGAGUUUGGCCCUCGGUUGGAAACGCUGAGUCUCGGGGUACAGACUAUGACUGAGGCAGCUCGAGAGCUGAUGGACUGUGAUGAGCUUCACAUUGUAAUCCGACUAGUUCUGAAAGCUGGGAACUACAUGAAUGCAGGAGGCUACUCGGGAAAUGCUGUCGGGUUCCGAAUAUCCUCAUUACUGAAACUCGUUGAGACAAAGGCCAAUCAGCCGGGAAUGAACCUCAUGCACUUUGUCGUUAUGGAAGCUGAAAAGAAUGACAAGAAAUUGAUGGAUUUCCCGAGUAAACUGCGGAAUAUUGGAGCAGCUUCCAGACUAUUCAAGCAGGAGUUGGAGGGUGAGUUUGAGAGAUUGAAACGGAAGCUUCACUUGGUGAAAGGAGACAUGGAAAAACUGCUGGAUAUCCGAGAUCAGAUGGAAGGUUUUAUCCAGGAGGCGGAGGGGGAGCUGGAGAAGGUCCAGAGGUCCGUGCUGGAGCUUCAGGCUGUGAGUCAGCAGCUGGCUGAGUACUUCUGUGAGGAGGAGGAGAAAUUCAAACUGGAGGAAUGCUGCAACAUCUUCAAAACCUUCGGAGAGAAAUUCAUCACAGCAACAGAGGAGAACCAGCAUCGUGCAGUGUUGGAGAUUAAACGUCAAGAGAGGGAGAGGGAGGAGAAGAAAGCCAAAAGAAUCUCGAUUGCUACCUGCUCCCACAAGGAGAAGGAUCUCCGUGGAAUUGAUCUGGAGCUUCUGCUGCUGAAAAAUUCAAAAAACUCUCUCCGACAGAGGAGCCUGAGACGGGACAAAGCUUCCAUUCCCAGGAGCCAAUCGUUGAAACAGUUUGAAGGAGCUGAGAGAAACAGCGCCCAGACCUCAUCCCCGACACAAGAGGAUGUGCGGCACCUGCGUGAGGUGUCACAGAGAUUGCUGAGCUUUCAGGCUGGACAGCCCAGCUCUCAGCAACACCUCAGACAGAUGCUGUUCGCACAGCACUCGCGAAUCUCUGAGGAGUCAAACGAGUCGAUGAGGGGAAGUUCUGAACCAGCCGGUGGUGGGAAUGCUGAGACUGAUGGACAUGAGCAGCGAGGAAGCCCCACUUCAGAAACCGAAGUUGCAAAGCCCGAGCGGUCUGACAGCCCCACAAAACCAACCCUGGAGAACAGGCAGAAGAAGGUAAGCCGCUGGCACACCAUCACUGCCCUCCCCCACGAGCCACUGAAGGGUACGGUCAGCCCCGCUGAAACCUGCAUCCCCACAGAGCCCUCACAGGCCACUGAAAACCGGGCGAGCGGGAGCCAAGCUCAUCUUCCAGAAGAUUCUCCUCCUGAUUUAGAAAAACAAAACAACGGGCUGCUUGCUAAUGUUCCUCAGAAAAGCCACCCGAAAGCAGUGCGCAGACCCUGGUCACACUCAGAGGAAAACUCCGGACCCCCGGCGCGUCUCUUCUCUCGCAGUUUCUCUGGAGACAGACCUCCAAAUGCACAAAGAAAGCGGCCCCUCACUCGAGGUUUAUCUGACCGGACACCUUCACCCGCAGUGUCCAGGAAACCCCCCAUAUCGCUCAAACCACUGAGGCCUGCUGCAGUCAGCAAGGCCCCGAAGGAAGAGGCGAGGGUGGAGGAGGCCUACGCUUGGAAGUUUUCCAAUCUUUUCAGCAAAAAAUCCACCAAAGCUUCAGGUGGGGAGAGUGCAGCAAAGGAGAAGGUGGCAAAGGAAAUUCCGGGAACUUCCAGUCAGAGCACAAACCCCCUGACUAACUUUUUAAAGCUUUUCAGUGACAACAAAACAGCCAAACACAAAAACUCAUAGGUUUCCAUCCCUGUGGGAAAGCCAGGGACUGACAAUGGGAGUGAGGCACCAUGAACCUCCUGGUGAUACUCGUGUAGCAUCUGGGAGCCUCACUCUGUGUCACUGUCGACAGAUUCACCCAGCUCUAAUCUGACCAGCGAUCAAACCGGAGAUUUCAUGAGGGCCUCAGACCACUUCCAGAACCAAAUAAUUUGAGUUGCCUCAAACUUCUUACAUGUGCUCAAUGUUUCUAGGUGCAGUUGGGAAUGGAGAUGUAUUGAAGAAGGAGGAAGCCAUUGGGAUGAGGAGGAGCAGCCUCCAGAUGCUCUGCCCUCCUGAGAAUGAAUGGAUUGAUGGUUAUUCUCCAUUUUGAGAUGAGGCUUGAUGGUGGGUGAAACCAGAGGGACUUUGGAAAUCUGUUGGAGACUGAGAUGGUCGAUGAGUUGGGAAUGUUGUUUGUGUCGCGUGUCCAUAUGACGAGUGAGUGGGGAAUUCCUGAUGAACUGGAAAUGAAGAUCAAUCUCCUAAUCAUUGAUUGGCUGAGGAAGAGAAGAUUUGAGGGGAAGCCAGUUAAUAACGAAACAAUAAUUCAUCCAAUAACCAUUCCCCUCUUGGGGGAAAGUCAAAGUUUUUAAUUUAUUUUGACAAUUCUGUGAUAUGGAGUGAAUUUUAUAAUAUAUAUCAUCUUUUAAAAUGUCAAAAGGAGGUGCCACAGAAUCACCGAUUUAAGAGGUUGUUCCAAGCAGAUGACUGGUCCUGGUAUUCCCGAGCUUUGGAAUGGGUCCUCAGGCUGUGCUUCCUGGUUAGUGGGUAACUCACUCACCCCACCUGCCCCCAACUGUGGGACUGAGUAAUGAACCAGUUCGCAGAGGGAUUGAAGAGAGAAUUGUGGAUUUC